CCGAUCAUACCAUAAUACCGAUGUUGAACCGUGCCGUGCUGAAAAGUCGCGACGUGCACAAAUGUUACAAUUGUAAUACGCGAUAAAUUAUUCAAUUGUUUUGUACGAAUUCGCAUGCUGUAUAACGAUCACGCGAACAUAAUUAUCUUCCAUUGAUAGGUGAAAUCUUAUUCGAGACAAUCAUUAAUUGCUGCAAAGUUAAGUUAGGUUAGAAAUCUUAUGCCCGGUGUAGUGCCCUAUUUACAGCAGCCUUAAUUGUGUUCAAGCAUCCACAAAUAGUAAAUGCCUACAAGCCUUGAUCUAAGAGUUAUCCUCACAGAAAACAACUAAGGCAGACCUGCAUGUGUAUGUAGAUCGGCGUUUAAAUUUUUCAUGAUUCCGGUAUGUAUACUUGCAUAAAAUGUGGGGCAGAAGUGGAUGAAUUGUAUCGAAGGUACAGUCCAAGUGUCCUGAAGGUUUCAAAAUGUGAGAAAUGUGGCAGUAUAGCAGAUAAAUACAUAGAGUAUGAUCCAGUAAUUGUUCUGAUUGACCUAGUUUUAUUGAACAAGUCCGCAUACAGACAUUUACUGUAUAAUAGUGGUUUCAAGUCCUAUUGGAAACUAAUAGUCUUCCUCGUCCUUGGAGAGUCAUUUAGAAUCUGGUCUUCGGGCGGCUCUAAGGAGCCAUUAGCAACUGUUUUGCCACUGCACAGAGAUGACAAGGAUGCAUAUGAAGGAGAAAGAAGCUUUUAUAUAUUGUUGCUACAUACAACACUCUCACUUGGUGCAUUUUUCUGCGCAGUAAUCGGCGUUACUGAAUUACGGUGGUUAAUUUCAGGGAACAGACCUAUCAAAUAUAGUGCUCUUGAUUUAGGAAAGGCUUUGACUGUGGGGGGUUGCGCAAAACUAAUUGGAUUGCUCGAUAUGGUCUGGGGACACAUUUCUCCAGAUCCUCACUAUGCUCUGAUACAUGGAUACACUGUACUAUGUCUCCUAACGGCUUAUUCAGUGGUUUGCGAAAGUGGGAGAAGCGGAUCAUUGGUUGGGCUGGCUGGUGGGAUACUAGCGUACGGAUAUGUUACUGCCAAUAUUACAUGGAUACAUCGAGCUUUUACCAAUACUGCCAACUCUACGGCGAUAAAUGCCAUGGUCCAAUAAACGUGAGCUAAAAUCCUUACUAAACGUCUUUAACUGGAAGUAUGCUCCAGCCCAAUACCAGCCUGUCAAAACCACACGAAAAUAAAUUGCAGAUACCUCCAUCCUCUGCCCAAGCAACGGAACAAACCAUUCGCCUGUGACCCUAGUGAAAUAAAUGACACCGAUUAAAAGACAGUGCAACCCAACGA